CAGUCAUAAUCAGUUUCUUAUUUCUCACUACAUUAGUUAGUAGUAUUUAUCGCGUUUUAAACAAUUUUGAAUGAGAAAUAAUUGAUUUACAUUAUAAUGGGUGCCAUAAAUAAAUUAAGAAAAUUUGUUUAAUUACGGAAAGUCACAAAUGGCUUCGGAGUCGCUUAUAAAGACGAGCAAGUAUACUAAAUACACAUCGUAUAAGAAAAUCUCGUAUCGUAGCUUUUUCGUUGGCCUACUAUUGUUUAUUGUGGUGUCUUUACUAUUUAUUGUGAUGUUUAAUGCAUAUUCGGGCAGUUCCCCGCGGACAGACUUUCAUGAACCAGUGAAUUUAGAUUCUACAUUAUUAGAAGUUGUGAAUUUGAAAAGUGAUGCGCGUCUAUCAAGUGCUCGUGUUUCCAACUGCACUUACUGGGAUUGUUUCAAUGUGUAUAGAUGCGGGAGAGGUGGACACGAUAAGAUAACCAUAUAUAUUUAUCCUUUAAAGGAUUAUCGGACUGAGAGUGGAACUCCUUUUUCUCAGUUUUCAAAGGAGUUUUAUGUAAUAUUAGAUACAAUUAGACAUAGUAAAUAUUAUACAUCUAAUCCAGAGGAGGCGUGUUUGUUAGUCCCUAGUAUAGAUACAUUGAAUCAACACAGUUUCUCUAAGAAACAUGUUUCUCAAGCAUUACAUUCUCUUAAAUAUUGGAAUGAUGGUGAGAACCAUCUCAUAUUCAAUAUGUUGCCUGGUUCAGCACCGAAUUACAACUCAGUUAUUGAUCUCAACACUGGAAAGGCCAUUAUUGCAGGAGCUGGUUUCGAUACAUGGUCAUUUAGAUAUGGCUUUGACAUUUCCAUUCCUGUAUACAGUCAUACAGCAGAAAAGAUUGACAGUUCUCAACCAGACCAGAAGAAUUACUUGAUUAUAUCAACACAGUUAAACAUACCAAAACAUUACUUAGAAGUGUUACAAAAUAUAGCAUCUUCAUCGAAUGAUUUGUUACUAUUAGAUAAAUGUAAAAUGGAUUCAGACAGAAUAGAUUACAGUAAACGAUGCGAGUAUACAACAGGAAGAAUGUUUAGUUACCCAGACGUAUUAAAAGAGGGGAUGUUCUGCCUGGUCAUAUGUAGUGCAAGACUGACACAAGCUGUGCUCAUGGACGUUUUAGCAUCUCAAUGUAUACCAAUAGUGAUCGCUGACUCUGUAGUGAUGCCAUUCAAUUCUCACGUAGACUGGAAUAGGAUUUCUUUAUUUGUACCUGAAGAUAAUGUAAAGAAUAUAGUGAAGAUAGUACAUUCAGUUAGUAAGGAGAGACGUGGUGAGCUGUAUUGGCAGUUACGUUGGGUGUAUGAUAAAUAUUUCGCUAGUAUAGAAAAGAUGACAUUGACUGCAUUAGAAAUAAUAAAUGAGAAAGUGUUCCCAUUAGCAGCUAGGAUGUAUGAAGACUGGAAUAUGCCUGAACAUAUAUACGGUCCAGUGAACCCGCUGUUUUUGCCGGUGACUGCGCCCAAAGCGCCGGGCUUCACCGCGGUCAUACUCACGUACGACCGCGUUGACAGCCUCUUCACACUGGUCAAGAAACUCGUGAGGACGCCGAGCCUUGCCAAGAUACUCGUCGUGUGGAACAACCAGAAGAAACCGCCGCCGCCAUCAUCCGAAUGGCCAGUAAUUAACAAGCCGCUGAAAGUGAUACGUACCAAAGAGAAUAAACUGUCGAAUCGAUUCUUCCCUUACGACGAGAUCGAGACCGAGUGCCAGUUGACUAUCGACGAUGAUAUUGUUAUGCUGACGCCUGAUGAGUUGGAGUUUGGUUUCGACGUGUGGCGCGAGUUCCCCGACCGCAUAGUGGGGUUUCCGUCCAGGCUGCACGUGUGGGACAACGUCACCAACUCGUGGCGCUACCACAGCGAGUGGACCAACCAGAUCUCUAUGGUGCUGACUGGCGCCGCGUUCCACCACAAGAUCUGGUCGUGGUACUACACGUACAAGAUGCCAGCCGAGAUCCGGCACUGGGUGGACGACAACUUCAACUGCGAGGACAUCGCCAUGAACUUCCUCGUCGCCAAUGUCACCAGGAAACCACCUAUUAAGGUGACGCCCCGAAAGAAGUUCAAAUGUCCGGAGUGCACGAACACCGAGAUGUUAUCCGCCGACGCCCGCCACAUGUCGCAGCGGUCCGCAUGUGUGGACCGGUUUGCGGCCGUGUACGGGCAUAUGGCGCUGCAAGCGGUCGAGUUCCGCGCGGACCCGCUGCAGUACCGCGAGCCGACCGCUGGCGUGCCGCAACUGUACCCCGAAAUUGGUGCACUGUAACUGUGUGCAGUUUGUUGGUGGAUGUUUAACUCUUACGAAGAUAAAAAUGGAAUAUGACGCUGCAAGCUGUCAAUUUUCGCGCCAGUACGCUUCAAUAGUCCGCGAGUCGGAUCUCUACUAUAAGAUUGGUGCAUUGUAAGGUAAAACUGUUAGGUAAACGGGCCCUCUUGUACAAUUUUAAGACUUAGAAUUUUUUUUUUAAUUUUUAUAAUGGAAUGGUAACCUGCCUGUGCUAUCAAUAUACGCUAGCACCAGGUGAGAAAGGUCUUUUGGCUCACGACGGUAAAUUUUAUAGAGAAUUAACCACAAAUUUCAUGGAGAUUGCAUGGAGCUCGAUCUGAUAAUUCACUAUGCUAGCUGGAAUGACUAGUCAUCAUUACAUGGAUUUGCUUGUUGAGAGAUAUUAGCCAAUCCUAAAAAGGUAUUUUAAUGUUUCUUAUUAUUUUCUUUUAUAAGUAAAAUGAUAUUACUAGUUAUUGAAUUAUAACCACAUAUCUGACUUACGUAUGGCACAAUAAAUUUAAUUUCCAAUUACUGGUAUGAUAUUAAUUUUUUUUUUUAUUAUUUUUUUUAAAUAAGAACUAUGAAUAAAAAUGAUCGUCUACUACCCUAUUGUUGUUAAUGAAUAUUGUUUAAUUUUAAACUUUGGCGUUGUUUACACAUAUUUUAAAUACACAAUCGGGACUUAACACGAUUUAAAAACCUUUACAGGUAAAUAGUACUUACCUACCUACCUACUACUUGCUUCUUUAUUACCGUUUCGACGUGGAUUGCACCACGUCGUGGUCGCUACUGGUCAGUUAUGUCGAUUGUGUAUUUAAAAUAUUGUCCAAUAUUUGUUUUUUAACUAUGGCAAUUGUAAUUUUUUAAAUUAAACAAUAGGGUAAAUAUUAUAAAAUACGUUACAUUACAUUACACCCAAUGUAAACCCUUAGUUAUGUUACCCUUUGAUAAAUAAAGGUUAUUAUGUAUUUACACCAAGGUCGAAGGCAAUUGACACGAAAUGUAUCGCUUGAUACCAAUUACCGUGUUGAAUUAAUAAGUAACAGGUGUAAUUAAGGUAUAAUUGUGUUUUAAAAGGCCAUCACUUGUAUGUAGUAUUAGGGAAACAUCUAACAAUCAAGCCAUUAAGAGGGCGCCCACCAUAAGUCUGGCAAUGUCUCUAUUAGUUCAUUUUACACUUUCGCGUUGUUUACACACAUUUUAAAUACAUAAUCGGGACUUAACGCGAUGUAAAUUUAAUGACAUUUAAUAAUUUAAUUCUAUUUUAAUGUUUACAACCAGAGGGCGACUUUGUACAAAAGUCGAUUGCUUGGAUACCUCUGUUCCAUUCGUGUUUCUACCAUGAAGCAGUUGUAUUUGCAUGGCUGUGUUUCGGUUUAAAGGGUGGGAUAUGGCGUGAAUUUACUGGGUACGGACAAAUAACACCUGAGUCCUCAGGAAUGGCAACGCAUGAGG